UUACAAAUGCAGGAACAGCGAACGUCCAGCUAAUACACACAAAUAGGUAGAUAAAUAUAUUUCCCAGUUCCUUAGAUUUCCGAUCAAAAUCAACUGUUUAAACGUGAAGGCAAUUCAAUGAGCCGCUUAGACGACAUUACUCAUACAGGUAUCGCAUUUUGAGAUCUCCCUGGAUGCAAUAGUUCGUUCUCAACAUGUUUGCCGGCGCAGCGACCUCGACUCCUUUCUCAGUCAGGGAUAUUUUAAAUCUUCAACACCAUCCUGACAUGGCCUCGCUGGGUGUCUCCUCGGGGCUGGACUCGCCUCCCUCCCCUGCUUCUUGUAUGCUGGAGCGGACCAAACAGCAACACUACAGUGAAACCCCGUCCGUUAGCGCGUACGACGAACCACUGUCCAAAAUGAAUUCUUGCAAAAACAAUCCCGACUAUUCGAGCACUUCCUACGUUAAUGAUUAUUUGGAAAUCAGUAACAGCGAAGCCAAGCCAAGCAACGGACUGACGGGAAAAAGUGAUAAGGAAUGCCGGAUGAUGGAAGUUAAUUUGGAGAAGGACGGACAGAAAGCGGACGGAGCCGAGCGGCCCCGGAGACGGAGGAGAAAACCACGCGUCCUCUUCUCCCAGGCUCAGGUCUACGAACUGGAGAGGCGCUUCAAACAGCAAAAGUAUCUCUCUGCGCCCGAGAGGGACCACUUAGCAAACAUACUGAAGCUCACCUCCACCCAGGUGAAAAUUUGGUUUCAAAACCGCAGAUACAAAUGUAAAAGGCAACGCCAGGACAAGUCGCUGGAAAUGGUAGGCCUCCCGCCUCCGAGGAGAAUCGCCGUGCCUGUGCUGGUCAGAGACGGGAAGCCGUGCCUGGGAGAGUCUUCGCCUUAUAACUCGCCAUAUAACAUGAACAUCAGUCCUUACGCUUAUGGCACUUAUGCGAACUAUACCAACUACAGUGGAGGGGCCACUUCUGCCAACUACAGCUGUAACUACCCAAGUGUACAAGCCGUGCCCCCGUCCACAGCGGCUGGCAGCUUUAUGAAUAUGAAUUUCACGGUCAAUGAUUUGAGCAACGCGAUGCAGACUCAAAUCCACCAGAAUUCUGGAGUUUCUACGUUGCAUGGUAUCCGAGCCUGGUAAUGCUAACUGUGGCUUAGCAUAGCACGAAUUUCGUGUUCCACUGGCUAGUUGCACUGUUCAAUUAUUCUUCGGCCGAAUGUCGAGGAAGACAGCCGUUUUCCAUAUCGAAAUCGGAUAAUUGGUAACUUACCAAAGGGUUCAAAGCCUGUUAGCAUAGCAAGCAAGCCCUCGGUACCGGACAGGGAGAAGGAUGGUUUCAUUUUAUCUUCUUCAGAAACUUUUAUUUUGCCGUAUUUCAUUUCACUGAAUGAAUUUGCGUCCCUAUUUAAUCUCUAGAAUAUUAUUGUAUGAAGUACAUCACAUUGCAUAUUAUCCCGGAUUGCACCAAAUGCAACAUAAGGCAUAGGUGAUAGCAACAUCGCGGAUUCUUGUUAACAGACUACGGUUGCAUAGAAGCAAACCUGCCAAAAACAUUGUAAUCUAUCGGCUUGUUCAUACAUCUGGAUUUCAUGUUUCAAAACAACUUUUUAUUGUAUUUGUAUUUCGUAGUCUAGUGUAAAUAUGGUUAAGAGUAAUUGGUUCAUUUAGGGUUAAAGAUGUUUUAUUAUUAUUGAUGAAACCACUUUGUACAGUCUUCGCAACCCCGAAUUCUGAGUUAAUUAGCAAUAUGUCAAGUAGAAAAGAUGACUAAAAUUAUGCACUAAUAUUGCCAUUUUCUAUCUUUAGCUUUCCGUUUUACCAACAAUGUAUAAAAUUAACUGUAAGAAAGCUACUACAAUGUUGCUUGCAAUCUCCAAAAAUAAUGAUCAAAUUGUAAAUUGAAGUAUAAAUCACUGCUGUUCCAACAGUAAAUAGUGUGCAAUCUGGCUGUUCGGUUUGUUCAUUAUUUUUUCCAUAAUCUGUUUAAUAUAUUAUUACUUUAGUUGUCCUGAACUUAAAUUAAAGAUAAUGCGUUCACGCUUUUGGAACUUUAUCGGUGGAAACGCACCAGAAUAAUUAUUCGUUCUUCAUCCUGAUUCUGAUGAUGUCGUCGGAAAUUCGCUUGGAAUUUGUUCAAAAACAUUGUUGAAAAGCGGCUGUUUUAUAAGAAACAAUUCCCAUACAAUUAAUGAUGUAAGUUGUGUGCAAAUUCGCCGGGACAUCAAAUUCUAAAAAUAACAGGUUAUAAAUUGGUAACGCUAA